CGGAAAGUUGAUACCAACCAUCAUCAUCCAUCCUAUCCCAUCCACCCGACCAUUCGACCAUCGGACUAGCUUUGCUUUGCUCACCUGUUGAGCCCACUCACCUAAUAAUAAUCGCCGCUCGGUCUGCGCUUGCCUGCGACUACCACCAUCCAUUCAGUCGGAAAGGUGCAAUGGUCGUGAUCGCCUCGUGAGUGACUCCAAAAAGUUCGUAUCCUUCAUUUGGACUAUACACCCUCAUCCAUCCAUCAAACAAUCCUCAUCGUUAUAAAAUAACCAAUAGUUUGCGCAAACAAUGAACCAAAGUGCUUCAACCAAACUGGAAUAGAACCAUCAAAAUACAAAAAGAUACAGAAAAAAAACUAGAUCAAAGUAUCUUAAUCCUACGAAAAUGAGUGAUUCACCGCAACAAAUGAACUCCUUGGACUGUUGGGAUUACACGAUCGAACUUGAAUGUCUUCAAGGGACUCAAGAUUUGCAAUUGGCUGCAGAACUUGGAAAAACUUUACUAGAGAGAAACAAGGAAUUGGAAUCCUCAUUGAAACAACACCAGAAUGUCAUCGAGGAUCAGACACAAGAGAUAGAGUAUUUAACGAAACAGACAGUUGCACUUCGGGAGGUGAACGACAGUCGUUUGAGGAUCUACGAGCAGCUGGAGGUUAGCAUCCAGGAUUUGGAGAGGGCCAACCACAGAUUAGCAGUGGAGAACAGCAACGACAAGAAGCACAUCAAGAGUCUGACCGCUACCAUCGAGUCUUUGGAGGCGAAAUGCGAAGAGCUCUCCACGAAUCUGGAUGAGCUCAAGGUCGAGCUGGAAGUGUACAAGAAGAAAGCUCUCAGACCUGUAGAGACCAUUCAGCAAGUCGCAAAAAAAUAUGUUGCGAAACCACAGAGACUCGACUACGACGAAGUCGACUACCAGACACCGAUCAGUCCAGAUUCGUCUGCUCAACACAUAGAACAAGAUGAGUGUAUUAGCACAACAAAAACGACGGAUCGUUGUCAGGAGACUCAGACGACUCCCAGCAAAGAUGAAAAGAUCUUCGAGAGCGGCGCAGAGCAAUUGUCUCAGAUGGCGGCGCAGCUGAAGGAACGAGAGUCCAUGUUCGCUGAAGAUCAAAGGAAGAUCGCCGAGCUCGAGGAGCAACUAUCCACUAUGGUUCAGAGGAACCACGAGCUCGAGAAUCAGAUGAUAAACAUGCAGAACAAAGAUGCGGAGGAUAUGAAGAGCAUGCAGGAUGAGCUUAGCACCUUGGAGGAAGUCAGACAAGGACAGCUUUGCAGCAAAUGCCUUCGAAACGUCGACCCCAGAGACGACAUGUCUCUGAGCCUUUGCGAUGAUCGUGAGGACGAUGAUUCUAGCAUGCUGGAUGCGCUAGCCGACGUCUCUCAACAUCGAAGCUCCUUCACGAUGGACGUUCAGGAAUAUGCGAAGACGUCGACGCCGCCGCGGCAGGAAAACAACUUGUACAGGGAUCUUGUGGAGAAGUACGAAGCUCUGGUGAAGGUGCAGAAGCAUACGAAUCACAGGCAUCAAAAAUCUUUGCACGAGGAGGGCGUCCUUUCCGGCGAUUUCAACAACAUGAGCACGAAGGAUACGGAUGAAGAGAGCGGUCAUGGUGAUAGCCUUCGCACAGAGCAGCAGCAGCAGAAGAAAAACAGGAAGAACUUCUCGCAGACACCGACGGAUUUCUCGGAGGCGGAGACGAGCUCUUCCGGAUUUUCGGAUGAGACAAGCAACAAAGCUACACAGACUGAUCGUCGGACCGGAUCCUUUCUCUGCACCAUCGGCGACGGCGAAGACUGCUUCAGCAUUUACGACGAUGCUUCUAACUUUGAGGAACGGUUUCGCAACCGUCCCCAGUACAGGGAUCUCUUCAGCGAGAUCUUCGGAGUGCUCAAGAAGGCGGCGAAGAACAAGGACGACAACGAGGAGCUGCCGCUUCUCGACGAUUGCGACCCAAACAACAGGCAUCCUCCUAAAGUACCUCCCGUUACUCCUUGCACUGAGAACCUGCCAGACUUCCCCGACAACUGCACCGACGAUACUCAGAGCGUUAUGUCUUCGACCAUGUCUGAGGUAUCUACAAGUCAGGCUGAGCCGACGACUGUGAUCGAGAACAUCAAGCUAACAGAGCCGAAGGACGCGAACGCCAAGAGCGAGGAACGCACAUUAACGCCGCUCGUCCGUCAACCCUUGGAGUACCUUUCCGUCGGCGUGAACGUGCGAAAGCGCAGCUCAUCCCGCAGAAAGAAGCACCAGCACCAGGUUGCCGAUCGCAGCGAUUCCCCGAUGACGCACAUCGUCGGCAGUCCGACCGUCACGUACGGUAGUCGUCCUGGUUCCGGUAGAAGGCGACCGAAGAACCUGGACAACGAGAACUGGAACGGAAACACGAUUCAGUUCUGGUCGAAUAACCGCAACGUGGCGUCGCCAACGCCGAGUCAAGGAAGCGCCAAAGGGGCAACGGUUCUGCGCUACGAUCAAGCCGGAUUCGAGUUCAAACCGAGCACCGCAUCCCAGGACCUGCACAAGCUCAAGAAGCUGGACCUCUCGUACGCCGAGGUUCUCAGGAAGGGUAACGAAAAGAAACGGGAGCUCAGCAGAUACAAAAAGAAAUAAACCCGCUACCUAUUAUUACCUUUCAUUUGUACAUAUAUAUAGGAGUAGAGGAAGAUUCAUCUUCGGAACGAGAUGAAGUAAAAGAAAAAAAACAACAACAACAAACAGAAGAAGAACCCGAUAACCUCCCAGCAUCCCAGACUCAACUGUUUUCCAAUUUCCUAGACGGAAAUUCCAUGUUACAAUAGUAGUAAUUACAUAUUUUUAUCCUUUUAACUUUUAAACCAGUAUCCUUAUGUUAUAAUAAGCGGUAUUCACAUAUAAAUACACAGAAGCAAACAAAUAUAGUAUACUUAUACAUCAAGAGCGAAUUAUAAUAAUAAUAAUCCACCAAGCAUAUACAUUUUUUUUUGU